UCGUACUGUAAGUACGGUAUCUUUCUCAGGAUAAAGAAACAUGUCAACCCAUUUGUGUUUUUUAUAGGAAAAAUCGAAGCUUUUGAUGCGACAGGUCACAAUGAAGACCCUGGUUUUCCUGGCUCUUUUGGAAGUAUGCAUACAUUGCGCGGCAGCUGUGACUCACUCUCUGAAGUAUUUCUACACUGCGUCUUCUGGAGUUCCAAACUUCCCAGAGUUUGUGACUGUUGGGUUGGUUGAUGAAGUUCAGAUAAGUCACUAUGACAGCAUCACCAUGAGAGCAGUAACCAAACAGGACUGGAUGAGCAGAGUCACAGCAGAUGAUCCUCAGUACUGGGAGAGGCAGACUCAGGGAUUGAAUGACACAAAGGAGCUGUUCAAAGGCAACAUUGAAAUUGCAAAGCUGCGCUUCAACCAAACUGGAGGUUUCCACAUUUACCAGAACAUGUACGGCUGCGAGUGGGACGAUGAGACUGAAGAGGUUAGAGGUUAUGAUCAGCAUGGUUAUGAUGGAGAAGACUUCAUAGUAUUUGACCUGAAGACAGAGACAUGGACUGCUCCAACACCACAGGCUUUCAUUACCAAACAAAAGGUUGAACAUGACAAAGCUUUGAUUGCAUAUGACAAGAACUACCUGACCAAGGAGUGCGUUGACUGGCUGAAGAAAUAUGUGGACUAUAGGAGGAGCUUUCUGCUGAGAAAAGACCCUCUCUCAGUGUCUCUCCUCCAGAAGACUCCCUCCUCUCCAGUCAGCUGCCACGCUACAGGUUUCUACUUUGAAGCAGGUGGGCUACUUUCUACUUGCGACAGAGCCAAGAUGUUCUGGAGGAAAGAUGGAGAGGAGCUUCAUGAGGACGUGGACCAGGGAGAUAUCCUCCCCAACAACGAUGGAUCCUUCCAGAUGAGUGUUGACCUGAAUCCUCCAACUGGAGACUGGGAGAAGUACGAAUGUGUGUUUCAGCUCGCUGGUGUGAAGAACGACAUCGUCACCAAACUGGAGAAACCAAAGAUCAGAACCAACGGAGGGAAUCCCUCUGACAUGACUGUCAUCAUCGUCAUUGUUGCAGUGGUUGUUCUUGCUCUCGUCGCCAUCGCUGUCAUUGGAUACUUCAUUUACAAAAAGAACAAAGCCAAACGCCCUCCAUCUCCUGUAAGCAACCCUGAAGUUUUGGAGGAGCUGAAUCCAAAAGCCUAAAUGACAAACACGCCACCCUGAACACAGUUUAUGGAUAACUUUUACAUUGGAUCAAGAAACAUCCUCCUCUGUAAACUGGGAAUUCAUUGAUUAUUGAUCACCUUUUAUAAACUGAUAGAAUCAGGGUUGGGAUUGAGGAGUAAAUGCUUAUUGAAUGCCUUACAAUGAAAACCAAUUUUAAAAAUUAGUUAACAAAAAAAAAUCAAAUGUUAUCAAAUAUUAACA